UCUCAAAAACCACCAGCAUCAGAUAGAUUCUCAAACUUAACACACAAAACAACAAAAGCUAAUCAAAUAAUGAACCAAACAUCAUUGUGUCUCACCUAGUAAACUCAAUUAAACUUCAUAGUUCAUAUGUUUGUUGCAGAUCAUACUUUACUGUGAUGAAAGCCUUCACAAGUUUUAGUUCAAAACCUAUAGUUCAUAAGCUAGGAUCUUUGUAUCCUAGUAUUGCUAUUCAUGUUUCUGAUAAACCCUUUUCUUGUUUCACUCCUCCCUUUAGAAAUGACCAAAAAAGUUCCAUUUUUUGUCUCUUGAAACUUGUUCAAAAAAAGGGUCUUUACCCUUUUCAUGCUGUGCCAGCAGAACACCAGGAGGUAGAGUUGGAAACUAUUGAGCCUCAAGUUCAACAAAGUAAAAGUGAGCAAACAAAUGAAUUGAAGUUUGUUCGUGUCGAAUUUCAGCUACUAAAAGAUUGUGACUUUGGGGAACAGUUUUUAAUAGUUGGAGAUAAUCCUAUGCUUGGUUCAUGGGACCCUUUAGAUGCAUUACCCUUGACAUGGUCCGAUGGCCAUCUAUGGACUGUGGAGCUGGAUAUGCCGGCUGGUAAAUCAAUCCAAUAUAAGUUCAUACUAAAAGGGAAAGAAGGUUAUAUUAUUUGGCAGCCAGGGUCAGAUCGAAUUAUUCAAACAUGGGAAACUAUGAACCGAAUAAUUGUUUGUGAGGAUUGGGAGAAUGCAGAACUUCAGAAAAUUAGAGAGGAAGAUGGACUUUCUCAAACAAAUGAAGAACCUCAGGUUCUAUCAGAAGUGUCAACUUCAACUGAAAUUUCGGAUAAUUCUCGAGACAAAAUGGAAUUCAAUGUAUCAAAUGUAUCUGGUAUUGAUGAUACACAAAUUCACGCAGAGGAGAAACUGAUUGAUGACAGUAUUUCUUCAUCAACGCAAAAGCCGAUGGCUAUUAUUGCAGAAAAUAUAGGUUUCUCGGAGGAUCACACAGAAAGUACAAGUCACAAAACGAAUAAAAAGAAUGUCGUUCAAAGUGAAGAAUCAGAAGAUGGUCCUCAAAACGAUGAUAGAAUAGAUGAUCUUGGAUACAAUGGAAAUGCCGCGGGACUAAAGAAUUGGGAAGGGACGGUUGUGGAGGGAAGCUUAAUCAAUUUUGAAGGAGGUCCGGUGCUUGUACCUGGCUUAACACCACCGACUGAAGAAGAAGAAACUAGUCCUGUUGAACUUGUCGAAGAAGAAAAGACUGCGAUAAAGCCUUCAUUUGAAGAAGAAGAAACUAGUCCUGUUGAACUUGUCGAAGAAGAAAAGACUGCGAUAAAGCCUUCAUUUGAAGAAGAAGAAGAAACUAGUCCUGUUGAACUUGUCGAAGAAGAAAAGACUGCGAUAGAGCCUUCAUUUGAAGCGUUUGAAACUCAGGAUCAGAAUAUACCAGAGGCUGGCAAGGUUCUAAAUCAAGGUUGCGGUCGCAAUCCUUAAUAUUGUGGAAAAUCACAGCCAAAUGUGGUUGAUGCAUGCAACCUCAAUUGUGGUUGCAAAAACAUCAAAACUUUGAUUUGUGGCUCAAAUCUCGGCCGCAGACCUUUAUAUAAAACCCUGCAAGCCUGUUACCAGGACUUAACAAGUAUUCCAUCUAGCAUUGCAUAGAGUAUGUUUGGAAUCAAUGUAAUUUUGAAGAAAUCACGGUGUCGCUGAUUUUGUUGAAGUUCAAAAGUGUAGCUUUUGCCAAAAUCUCAGUAACUCACCGUGAUUCUGUUCAAUUCACCGUCAUUCCAAACAUGCACUAAGAUUAUAUUCAAAUGUAACAAUACCAUAUACAAGUUUCCACAUUUUAUAAUAAAAGAACUCUUCACCAUUGACAAAAAUUCAUAUCAUGCAUUUUCGGCAAUAAGCUUCUAAUGAAAAAGCAACAGGGUUUUUUUAGUUUUUUAGGGUUGAGUUAGGUCCAAUAUUUUUCUUGCAUUAAUCAUUAAAAUCAAUUUGUAAACUUGCACAUUUUUUACAUAUGAUGCAGCUGCUAAAUAGUUUAUGCUAAUUUUAAUGUUGUUUUUUCAUGUGCUUCAACUGAAAAUGCUUAGGUAAGUAAAGAUCAAGAAUCAGAUGAUGAAUCUGAUGAUGGCACAGAACAAGAGAUAAGCACAACAAUCAACGGUGAGCUGAAUUUCCAUGAGGAGCAGUUUUAUUCGGCACCAUCAAUAGAAGAAGGGUCAAACUCAGAGCCAAUUCACGGUAAUGCAUUGCGAAAUGACAUCGACUGGGGCCGCGAAACAGUAAAAAAGUUUCUAACAAAAUUUGGAUUGCUUUGAUGUCAACUUUUUACAGAACCACCGAGGGAAUCUUCUUCAUUGAAAAUGAUCAUGAGUUUUGUGAUUGUUCUCGUCUUUUUGCCUAAAUUUUUAUUGGCCUCGGAAAGAUGGAUAAGAGCUCAAGGUGUUUCAUGAUGAUAACUAUUGAUUGUUGGAUUUUUCUUAUCCGUGAAAGACGAUGUUGUAUGAGUUUAACGAAGGGAUGCACUGUCGUGUAAAUUAGUUUUAUACAGACAUCCAAUUAGAAUUUAUCAUACUGUCAUAUGACAUAAGCUCAAUCUGUUACUGCAUUUUUAAAAUAACUGCAAAAUAUUGGGUUUUUACUGCAUGACAGUGUAAUGCUAGUUUACACUGACAAUGCAUGUUCCAUUUUCUCA